UAUUAAUAGAAAUCAACCAAGGUGUCUCCACUCCGUCCAAACAACAGUCUCUCCCUUUUACUUUCAAUGGCUUCAAUUUGUUACUCUUGCAUUGUCUUUCCGUCCCCUUCACCCAAACCCUUCCCUUUCCUUCCAAAACUUCCCCAUUCCAACCCAUUUCCUUCCUUUCGGACCUCCAGACUCCGAGCCGCCAACUCCGCCCCUGUCCAAGAACAACAUUACAUGAGCAUCGAUAAUCUCCGCCAGUUUUUCGACCUUAAUUCCGGCAAAUGGACCGGUUCUUUCCAUCAAUUUGAUGGAAAUGGAAAUCUAUUGCAACAAAUUAGUACUCGGCUUUCCGCAAGUUGUUAUGGGGAAGAUGAACUCAUCAGCCUCAUUCAAACGUUGUACAUUGAACAGCCUCAAUCAAGUACUUCAAUUUCUGGACAUGAUGAGGAAGCUGAAUGGGCAGAAUACAAAAUAAAAGAAACAAAUAUGUUCACUGUUGACAAAUAUCAACAGAUUGGCUUUUUCCCCAAUGAGAGGGCUUUUUCAUUGAGGUACCAAACCGCCGGAAUGUUAGAGACCGUGUUACGGCAAGGGGUAUUGGGGGAAGAUGACACCGGAGAGGAAUCACCAAAAAAUGUUAAGCUUCCUUCUCGCCAGCCUUCUAUCGUUUGUGAAAAUUGCCUAUAUUCACAAGCAAAGGAUCGACGAGCAAGGGCCUUCCAUAUCAUGGACCCCAAAGGCUUUGUGGAUAUGCUUCUUAUCUUCCUUGAGGAUAGAGGUGAUGGCCCACUCGUUCAUCCAUCACUUGGCAAUAUAAUAGAUGGAGAGGACCGGAUUUUACCAUUUCUAGGCAAGUGGGAAGGUCAUUCUGUAACAAAACGCAGUGGUGUUUAUGGAUCGACGAUGACCGAAGCUGAUACAGUUUCUUAUCUUGAAAUGGACGACAAGAAAAAGCUCAUCCAGGAUGUUACCUCCAUGGACAGCAGACGUGGAGUAAGGACUAAUGUGCACUGGACAGGUAUGAUCUCGAAUAACUCAGUUGAAUUUGGAGGAGCAUACCAGUUGACAUUAUUACCAGGUGGUAUGUAUAUGGGAUACCCUUCUGAUAUUGCAAAGAGUGUAGCUGAAUCCAAGUCAUUCCACUUGGAGUUCUGUUGGCUCGACGCACCUGGUAAGAGACAACGACUCGUUCGAACAUAUGAUGCCGAGGGGUUGGCUGUUUCAUCAACCUAUUUUUCCGAGGUUAAACUGUGAGUCCUUACUGCACUGCCCUCUGUUGAAUGUAGAAUCCAUCUUUCUGCAAGUAUUCUAUCUUCUUUUAAAUUUUGAGUAAAUGAAACAUAUGUAAGAAAAAUUGAAGCUCCAUUGUUGUAACUAGUAAGAUAGUUUAUAAUUUUGUGCAAUUUAUUUCCUCCUUUUAAAUAA